AAGAAACAUCUCUAACUGCUUAUAUUUAUUCAUUCAUCUAUGAACAAUAACCAAACCAAUUCUUCUGUUUUGUUUUUGUCUCAAUUUCAACUGUGUCUUUAUUCUCUCAAAAAAUUUAUAAUGGCUUCUACAGUUACUUCACGUUUUCAUGAAUCCUUCACCAAAAAUGCACUUCGUUCUUAUCUUGCAGAAUUUAUCUCAACUUUUUUCUAUGUCCUUAUUGUUAUUGGCUCUGGAAUGUCCUCAAGGAAGUUGAUGCCUGAUGCAUCACUGAACCCAACAAGUUUGGUUGUGGGUGCUAUUGCAAAUGCUUUUGCACUUUCAUCUGUUUUGUAUAUUGAAUGGGAAGUCUCAGGUGGACAUGUCAAUCCUGCUGUGACCUUUGCAAUGGCAGUUGGAGGCCAUAUUAGUGUCCCAAUUGCUCUCUUUUAUUGGGUUGCUCAACUUAUUGCCUCUGUUAUUGCCUGCCUUUUCCUCAAAGUCAUAGUUGUUGGAAUGCAUGUACCAACAUACACAAUUGCAGAAGAGAUGACAGGAUUUGGAGCAUCAGUAUUAGAGGGUACCCUAACAUUUGUUUUAGUGUACACAAUAUAUGCUGCAAGAGACACUAGGCGUGGACGAGUAAGUUCAACAGGAACGCUUAUAAUAGGUUUAAUAACAGGAGCAAGUGUUUUAGCAGCAGGUCCAUUUUCUGGUGGUUCAAUGAAUCCUGCAUGUGCUUUUGGUUCUGCUUCCAUUGCUGGAACAUUCAGGAAUCAAGCUGUUUAUUGGGUUGGUCCUUUGGUUGGUGCUGCUGUUGCUGGUCUUCUUUAUGAUAAUGUGUUGUUUCCUUCUCAGAAUUCAGAUGAAAAUGUUAGGGUGUGAUUUUAUUAUUGGUUAAGUUGUACUGUGAUGUACCUUCUUUUUAUAUUUUGUAGGCAGAAUAGUUGGUUCUUUUAUGGCUUUUGAAUGUAGUAAUAGUUAAUAGUUAUUGUGACUGAACACUAACUGUAAGUUAUUUCUGUUUUACAACUUAUUAGAAGUGUAAGAAUGUUGUUAUACUAAUUGCUUAAAAAAAAA